AUGCCGAGAAUAUUCUAUGGCUUGAUAGCAUCCGGAGAUCGGGUGAUCAAGAGCGGCAUCAAACGAACUGCGAUCAUCGAGGAGAUCAAUGACGAUGUUUUGUGCUUCGAAAUGGAGGCUGCUGGGUUGAUGAACGAAUUCCCUGCUGUUGUCAUACGCGGUAUUUCCGAUUAUGCCGACUCACACAAAAAUGAUACAUGGCAGCCCUAUGCCGCUGCCUCUGCCGCCGCGUGCGCCAAAGAGCUGCUGUCCCACUUGGAGUCCGAGAAAAUUCACCUUGAAAGGAUUUCGGCGCGUGCGUCUCCAGAAUCCAGUGAAACUCUACAUCAAUUCCUUGCCGAUAUCUGUGAGACCGACCCACAGAAUGAAAUGACCCGAAUACGGCAAAGCAAGGGAGGCUUCGUAGCCGAGUGCAAUAACUGGAUCAUGGAAAGCCCUGAGCUGCAAAAAUGGCAAACCAGUGCUGAUGCUCGGCUGCUGUGGAUCAAGGGUGGCCCUGGAAAAGGCAAGACAAUGGCAAUGAUCGGCCUAGUAGACUUUUAUCUGCCCCAGAUAGCGGACCUUUGCUACUUCUUCUGUCAAAAUGGCAUACCUCACCUCAACAACGCAGUAUCCGUGCUCCGGGCACUUGUUUGGAGAUUGCUCUGGACGCAUCACGGGCUUCAAAAAUACAUACCGAAUGAGUACAAGUGCAAGAAAUACAACGGGAAAGAGGUGUUCGAGAGUCCGAACGCGUUCGCCAUGCUUACCGUUAUGCUUUCCCAAAUGCUUAGGGAUGAAACCCUGGACAAAGUAUUUGUAGUGCUUGACGCUCUAGAUGAAUGCGAUAAUGGCAUGGGAGACCUCUGCGAAUGGAUCUUACUGCAGUCCGCAGACUCGUUGUCGAAGGCCAAAUGGCUCAUUUCCAGUCGACAAAUUCCCCAAAUCGAAGAGCUUCUGCGUCCCGGAAAUUACAAAAUCUGCCUGGACCUCGACUCAAGCGAAGCUCGUGUGUUGAAGUCGGUAAACCACCUUGUUGAAACAAGAAUCGACCAGCUUGCCGAGAGAAAGGGUCUUUCCAAAAAAGAACGGGAAGAAUUGGGGAGUAUACUGAAGGAGAAGUCAGAGUCCACAUUUCUUUGGGUCGCGCUGGUUUGCCAACGCCUGCAGCUAACUUCGCGGAGAAAACUGAAGAUGGAGCUAGAGAAAUUACCAUCCGGCUUAGGCCCGCUGUAUGAUCGAAUGCUGGAGCAACUUGAGACUAUUGAUGACGAAGACGACAAGGAACUAUGCAAAAGAAUUCUUCGUGUGGGGAUACUCUCCCUUCGACCACUGAACCUCGGAGAGUUGGGGAUGGUGGUAGGGCUACCAGUGGAUGCAAUAGGCGAUGUGCCUGAGUUAGUCGACCUCUGCAGCUCAUAUCUACUCGUCCGAAGUGGCUAUGUGUAUGUCAUACAUCAAUCUGCCAAAGACUACUUCUGCAACGGCAGGGGCCAAAGGCUAUUUGCGGAUGGGCUUGCGGAUGAACAUAACAAAUUGUCUCAACGCUUGCUCGACGUUAUGGAGACCCAAUUGGCUCGAAAUAUAUACGGCUUAGACCACCCUGGUAUUUUGGUCGAAGAGAUCAUCCGCCCUCAGUCUGACCCUCUUGCGAAAUCCCCUUCUUCGAACCAACGCAUGAUUGACAUGAUUCAAGAUGCGUACCAAUUUGUCGUCUACAACAAGACUUGCAUUGAAACUGCGCCUCUCCAGGUCUACUGUUCUGCCCUUAUAUUCAGUCCUCAAAGAAGCAUCAUUAAAGAAAUCUUCCACCAUGAAAUGCCGCAAUGGUUGGUCAAUCAUCAGAUGCUGGAUGAGGAAUGGAGUCCAUGCUUGCAUAUCCUUGAGGGGCAUACCGAACCAGUCUUGGCAGCUGUCUUCACGCCGGACAACCGAUUUGUUGUGUCCGGGUCCGACGACUGUAGCAUUCGAAUAUGGGACACAGAGAGCGGCACCAACGUGCGUUGUUUGAAGGGUCAUACAGGAUCCGUCAUGAAUCUGGCGGUAUCGCCUGACGGUCGCUGGAUAGGCUCCGCCUCUGUGGACUGCACUGUUCGUCUAUGGAAUCUGCAUACUGGUACCCUAGAGAUGGUUUCCAACACGGAUCAUUACAAAAGCAUACUCACGUUCUCCAUGGACAGCAAUAGCAUCAUCUUUCUGUCUGCGUGUAACGCCAUACAGAUCUGGGAUCUUCACGCAAAGGUACGGAGGCAUGCCUAUCAGCUCCAUUCAAGUCUUGUGGGCCCCACGGCGCUUUCACCCCAUGGAAAGUGGGUAGCUUCGGUUGAUUCUAGCGGCAUCAUUAGGGUAGGAGAUAUAUACACAGGAAAGAUGCACAAGAUGUUUAGGCCCGAAGGCCUUGUAUCUUCAAUUGUUUUCUUGUCCAACAAUUCAGAGAUUGCGUCCAUCUCUCGCGGUGAAGGGGUUGUCCAGGUGUGGGACAUCAGGACCGGAUCCAUGCUGUGUUCAUACCAGGGUAAUACGGGCACGAUCAUGUCUACAAUCUGUCUGUCGGAUGGGCGAAGGGUGGCAAUAUCAGCCUAUGAGACAGUGAAAAUCCGGGAUAUGAAGGAUGAUGACGUUCUGCAAAGCUUUUCAGGGCAUGAUGGCUUCAUUCAAACUGUCGACCUAUCGUCCGAUGGCCGGCGAGUAGUUUCAGGCUCUGACGACAAUACACUCAGGAUCUGGAACGUUGACUCAACACGCUUCCGCCCAACUGCUUCGCGUCCCAUUGGGGAUAUUGAAUUGCUUGUUCUAUCUCCCGAUUCCCGCGUCGUUGCCUCGGCAUGGUCAGAUAGCCAGGUUCGGUUAUGGUCCACGCAAACGGGAUCCCUACUACAUGCUUUUGGGGAUAUUGAUGUAGACCCCAAAGUUGCUUUCUCAUCCAACAGUAAAUACCUCGCGACACUGGAUGCGGACGACUAUAUCCGAAUUUGGGAUUGUGCUUCUGGGUUUGCCAUGUACACGGUCCAUUCCGGUGCGGAAUCUCUGGAUCAUGACUUAUACAUCAACGACAUUCCAUUGUUCAACAAGCAUACACGAAGUUUUCUAACAACAAGACAAGAUGCAAGCCAGGUGGAAUGGACAAUGGAGUCAGACAGUCAGUGGCUCAAGCACCUAGGAAAAAAGGUCUUAUGGGUCCCAACCAUACACCUCCCCAUCCAUACCGCGACGAGCCAUUCCCUUUUCGUAAUUGGCUCUUACACAGGGCGAUGUUUUAUAUUCGACAUGGCUGGAGAAAGUUCCAUAAUGAGUGACGAAGAUCAUAAGCAAGUCAAAUUUUCUUAG